UAUCUUCCUCUUCCCCAGCGCUCUCUAUAUCUAUCUUCUUUCUAAUUCUUCACCUUUGAUUUAUGGACAAAGGAUGGGGACUUACUCUUGAUUCUGAUCCUAUCACUAAUUAUUUCUUCACUAACAACAAGAACAAGAACUCUUCAGUGGCUGCUGCUGCAGCUGGUGGUUCCAGGUUUAGAAUGGUGAACAACAACAACAACAUAGGCGGUGGUGAUUCCUCCUCGUCGGUGGUGAGGAUGUUUCAGUUCGGCGGUGGCCCUCCUCCUUCCCCGCCGUUUGAUGAUAACCGGGUCGUGGUCGAUGAGGUUGACUUCUUUUCUGAUAAUAAGAAGAGGGCUGUUGAUAAUCGUGAUGAUAGUAAUACACAACAGCUCGUUUGUGUUAGUGUCAAGAAGGAGAAUUCCAAUGAGGAAGUGGGGCGUUUGAGGACUGGUUUUGAUGUAAAUACUGGCUUGCAUCUUCUCACUGCUAACACCGGAAGUGAUCAAUCGACGGUGGAUGAUGGGGUUUCAUCUGAUAUGGAAGAUAAACGAGCUAAAACUGAGCUGGCACAAUUACAGGGAGAGCUUCAACAUAUGAAUACAGAAAACCAGAGGCUGAGAGACAUGCUUAGUCAAGUUACAAGCAAUUACAAUGCCCUGCAGAUGCACCUUGUUGCAUUAAUGCAACAGCAACAGCAACAAAAUCAAAAAGCAGAAAGCACUCAAGAACAUGAGACUGUUGAAGGAAAAGCUGAAGAUAAAAAGCAUGAAGUAAUGGUGCCGAGACAAUUUAUGGAUCUGGGUCCUUCUGGAACAGCUGAGACAGAUGAGGCCCUGUCUAAUUCUUCAUCGGAAGACAGGACUCUAUCGGGGACGCCUCCGAACAAUAUCGAGGUGGCAUCUAAAAGCAAUGGAAAGGGUGAGAUGGUUUCAUUUGAACAAGAAAAUUCCAAAAGAAUCGGUAGAGAAGAAAGCCCGGAAUCUGAAACUCAAGGUUGGGGUGGUCCGAACAAGGUUCAGAAAUUGAAUUCUUCAUCAUCUAAAACUACUAUUGAUCAAUCCUCGACUGAAGCGACCAUGAGGAAAGCCCGUGUCUCGGUCCGUGCUCGCUCAGAAGCUCCCAUGAUCACUGAUGGAUGUCAAUGGCGAAAAUAUGGACAAAAAAUGGCUAAAGGAAACCCAUGUCCUCGAGCUUAUUACAGGUGCACCAUGGCCGUCGGUUGUCCAGUUCGUAAACAAGUGCAACGUUGCGCGGAAGAUAGGACGAUUUUGAUAACAACUUAUGAGGGAAAUCAUAAUCAUCCUUUGCCUCCAGCUGCAAUGGCCAUGGCAUCAACCACAACAGCAGCUGCCAACAUGUUACUUUCAGGCUCAAUGUCAAGUGCAGAUGGGAUAAUGAAUCCAAAUUUGUUGGCCAGAGCUAUUCUUCCAUGUUCAUCAAGCAUGGCAACAAUUUCAGCUUCAGCCCCAUUUCCAACAGUGACAUUAGACCUGACACACUCACCAAAUCCUCUACAAUUCCAUAGACCUCCAACACAAUUCCAGGUUCCAUUUCCAGGGCAGCCACAAAACUUUGGUUCAGUAUCAGCCCCUCAGUUGCCUCAGGUUUUCAGUCAGGGACUAUAUAACCAAUCAAAAUUCUCUGGUCUUCAGUUAUCUCAAGAACUGGGUUCUAAUUCUCACCAAACUCUCCCUCCGUCAUUGCCCCAAGGCCCCCAACAACCACCGCAGUCCUCCUCACUGGCUGACACCGUGAGCGCUGCCACGGCUGCCAUCACAGCCGAUCCCAACUUCACAGCAGCUCUUGCUGCCGCGAUCACAUCCAUAAUCGGUGGUGGUGCACAUCCAUAUAGUAACAGAAACACCUCCAAUAGUAACAGCAACCCCAACCCCAACCCCAACAACAACAACAACACAAGCAACAGCAAUAAAAUCGGCAGCUUCUCAGGAAAUUAAAUUUGAGAAGACCAGCGCCGGACCCUGUUCAUCUUUUUUUAAUUAAUUUUUGUUCAUCAUUCAUAAAUCAGCCAAUGUUUGUUAGUUCUUUUUUUCCUCUUUUGGGGGUUGAGAACGAGAUUACAUGUUCAUAUAUUUCAUUUUUUUCUUUUUUAUGUAACGGUGGGAAUGGAGAUCAGAUCAUCAGGAAUUCUUUCUUAUUAUUUCAUUAUGAAAAUAAUUGUUCCUCACAGA